AUGGAAACAAAUGAAAAAUCUGAACCUCUAAACAAACUGUCUAUCGAAAUAGAUAGUUCCAAAAGUGAAAUUACCUUUGAUGACAUAUCUGUACCUCAUUCCAAUGAUUCUAAUGAUAUUAACAGCACAAACACUUCCAAGUAUUUUCCAAACAGUUCCAGUGAGGCCGAAGACGAUAAACGUAUAAGGCGUUCUACUAGAGAUAUUAGACGUCCAAAAUUUGAUGAUGAACUAGUAGAGAGCGGAAUAACACAUUCACCAAAGAAAAGGACGAGCUCGGAGCAUUCUGGUAAUCCGCACGAUGUCUUAUCUCCUCAUGAAUCUCUUAUACUAAGCAAUAUAUCUAUGGAAACAGAUCUCGAUAUGUCUGCAGAGAGAAAGAAAGAAUCUCCCAUGAAGCAUGGUUUAAGGAAACGAACAGCUUCCAUUAUACGAGAUCGCCAAGCAUUAGAAGAUGCGAUGUAUAUGGAGGAAACAGCAAGGCUGGAAAAACGUAAAAGAGAAGCAAGAAUUGCUAACAAAGAUAUUCGGGCUAAGGAGAUCGCAGCAGCUCAUGAUAAGGCUGAAGCAUUAUCAGCAGAUAACCUGAAGUCUUGGACGAGAAACGAUGAUGUAGCCCUUAUCACAGCUGUUACUCAUGUAUGUGACUUAAAGACGGUUUUUGAGAAUGUGGAAUUCAGUAAGGAUUACUCUUUAGUAGAAAUUGAAGAGAGAUGGUAUCAGUUGAUGUAUGAUGAUGUUUUGUCUAGGCAAGCAAAAAAAAGAAUAAACGAAAUGCAGUUACAAGACUUGAUUAGGAUUCAGUCAAACACUCCUUUCACAAAAAGAGAAGAGAAUGUGUUAUGUACAGUUCCCUCAACUCCUAUGCCGGAAAUCAGCACUAUGGAGGAUUUGUUGAGAAGUCGUCCAGAAGAGUUCCACUCAGCAAGGAAUGCUCAAGUGCUGUUGGAUCAUUGGCAUUUGAUGAAAGUAAGUGGAAUUCUACCUAGUUCACAACCACCUCCAGGACCUCAUAUUGCGCCUAUAAAUUGGGAAAAAAUAGAAAAAACUGCUUCAACAAACGAAACUCAUUUGGAUGAGACGCGCAGUUUGAAGGCCGCGGCCGCUUGUGCUAUCGCACAACAAAAGUGGGCGAAGGUUGGCGUAGAACCUGUCACGGGAAUAGCCAAUGAUUCCCAACUCGAAGAUAACGUUGUCGCAGUUAUCCGAGGCCGAGUUGUACGGUUUCUUAUAAGAACUGACAAAAUAACUGUGGGACGAUCCACACAUAAAUCGAAAGUGGAUGUUAAUUUGGCACUAGAGGGUCCUGCGUUAAAAAUUUCUCGUCGGCAAGCUAUAAUAGAGAGAGCCCCAUUAACUGGGGACUUCUCUAUACUUAAUAUUGGUCGACGGCCGAUACAUGUGGAUGGGAAAACGUUUUCUUGUGAUCAACGAACCCAGCUGAAGGAUGGUUCAGUUAUAGAGAUUUCACUUCUCCGGCUUGUCUUCCGUGUUGCACAUCACACCUGA